UUCUAACUUUGUCGUACAUACGUAUUAAUUAGAAUCAAAAACUUAAAGUGCAUAACAAACGAAAUCAGAACAAAAUUUCGUUUUCACAUUAAAAAAAAUUGCGGAACUACGACUAAUGUUUCGGAUGAAUCACUGUGAUUUUUAAAAGUUCUUUAUAAUAUAUUUGAAAUUUGUUAUUUUUUCUUUUAUAUUAUUUGAAUCGGAUCGUAUCGUGCCGGUACUGAAGUCAUCAAAUAAACUGAUCAGUUUGUCAUAUUAUUUAAAUUAGAAAUCUUAAAAGGAUCGUGUUAGUCAAUUCGGUUCAGUUUUUGUUAUUAUUAUUUUAUAUCAUUGAUAUCGAUCGUUUUGGAUUGGAUUGAAGUGAUUAUUGUUUUACGUGAAUAACAAUGGAAUCAAAUACCCAAAUCACAAAUCAAUUGGCUUCUAGCAUAGUCACUGAACAACAACAGCAGCAACAAUCGAUUAAGACAACAAAGGCAAAAACUACAAAAACAAAAGCUUCCAAAAAAGUCAUAAGUAGCAAUAAUGUAGCUGUAGCAGUAGCAUCAGCUACAACAACAACAACAACAAGAAAAGCUGCUGCAGUAACAGAAACAACAUCAAACAUUACAUCUUCAUCAAUAACAACGAUGGAAGAAAAUGUUUCAUCAAGCAAUACUGUAACAGUUUUCGAAAACACAGCUAACAAUCUUAGUUUAGAAUCAAAGAAAAUCGAAAGUAGUAUAGAUUCUUCUACAUUAAACCAAAAUGGUGGUGAUGUGCCUUCCGAAAAUGGCGUUUUAAAAACAAAAACGGUCAAAAUGAAAUCUUCCGGUUCAUCUACAAGUUUGAUAAAUGGAAAGAAACAAUCAAAAAAAGUUAAAAAAUCUAACUCAGAGAAAGAGAACAUAUCUGUGAAAUCGAGCUUUAGCAAAUUUGAUGCCCUUCAAAAGAGGAAUUUAAUACAUGUACGUUCAAGUGAUUCGGGUAAAGCUCAAGAAAAGUUCACUGAUGCUAAUGCGGAGAAGAAGCAAGAUUGUCGUGUAUGCCAAAAAGAAGUUUAUAAAAUGGAAGAAAUCAAAGCGGAAAAAAAUAUUUAUCACAAAAAUUGUUUCCGGUGUCAUGAAUGCGAGAAACAAUUAAAAGUUGAUAAUUAUCAAAGUCAUGAAGGUAUUUUGUACUGCAAAGCACAUUUUAAAUCACUUUUUAUGCCAAAAGUUGUCGAAGAAACUGCUCAAGACAAACCUAAGAAGCCAGAACUAAUUAUAAGAGAAAACCAGCCACUUGAACUACCCCCAGAUGUAGUACGGGCUUCGGAUAAGCCGGAUCUUGGACUAGAAGAACUCCAACAAAUCAAUAUACGGUCCAAAUUUGAAGCAUUUGAAAAAUCUCAAGUGGAAAAUGACGACAGAGGCUUAGAGCGCACUCCUAGCAUUACGGGUGUCAAACGAAGUGCCUCUAUUUUAUCCAAAUUGGCCAAAUUUCAAGCAAAAAGUGGUGUCAAUUGCGUCAAUGGAAGCGAAGACCAUGACAACAUCCCAUACGAAGAAGAAUCCGAAUCAGAUGAUGAUUCAUCGGAUGGCGAUGGUGCCGAAAGUGAUCCAGAUUUGGUGAGAGCAAAACGAUCUCAACGUGAGCGCCCAGUUGGUCUUGGUAACAUGAAUGAUAUAAAGAGCAAAUUUGAAACGGGCCACAUAAUGUCUAAAGAGGAACGACGAGAAGAACGAAAACAGGAAAUUCAAAAUAUAAGAUCACGUUUAUUUAUGGGCAAACAAGCGAGAAUAAAAGAGAUGUAUCAACAGGCCGUUGCUGAAAGCGAGCAUGGCAUCACUUCGAUUGGUAAGAAAUCGGAAAUCGAUAUUGGGGACAAGGCUCGAUGCUUGAAAGAAAAAUUCGAAAAAGGUGAAAUAUUCAAAGAACAUGAUGAAAACCCUAAGGUAGCCGAAGACGAACUUGAAGUUUUUGAAUCAGCGAUAAGUAAGCGAUCGCGAAGUUUGUUUCAGGAACUUGAUGCGUCUGCAGCUAAAAAUCAAUUAUCUCCAAGAAAACGUUUAUCGUCAUCGAACGAGAAUUCGAGAAAUCGAUCAUUCGACGAUCAAAAUUGGGUGAAUUCGAAUUUAGCUGAGAGCAUUGUUAAACACGAUGAAAAAGUUGAUGAUGUUCAAGUCGAAACUUCCGACAUAAGUUCAAAAUUUAAAUUUUUUGAAACAUAUAAACCAGCUGAAAGUGAAAAGAAAACUUUUCGCAUAACCCCACCACGAGAGGGUGUCGUCAAAUUGGCAACACCUGAAUCAGACGAAGAAUUGAUUAAUAAGCAAACGACUACAAUCGAUACAGAACCAGUCGAGAAAGCUCAUACAGCCACUAUAAUGCUUAGUAAAUUUAGAGAAUUGGAGCAAACAAUAAAUAAUAACAAAGCUAAUCUGGGACCAAGGCCUUUAAAAUGCUUUACACCACCACCAGAUAAUGAUCGUCGGGUUUAUAUUGAAUCGGAAAGCGAUGUUGAGAAUAUGUCUGAGGAGGAGGAGGAGGAUGAAGAGGAUUACGAAGAAGAAGGUAUUGAAGAAGAAGAUAGCGAAUAUAAUGGAGUUCACGUUGAUGCCAGAUCUCGCGAUCAUCUCGAGGAUGAAGCACUUAUUCAGGCUCAGUCUGCCGCAAGAGCUAAAAAACUACGAGCUAAAUUUGAAAAAUGGGAAGCUAGUGAAAUUCAGAGAGAAAUUCAGGAUGGAACAAUUAACCUUUAUGAAGAUAAUUCUGAAGAGAACCAAAUUGAAAGUGCAAAAGCAAUACGAGCGAAAUUCGAAAACAUGAAAGAAACUCAAUUAAACCAACCUACCCGUCCACGUUACAAAGUCAACAGAUUUGUAUAACACGACGAUGACUUUGAAGAAGCAGAAGUACUCGUAAGAUUGAAACCAUGACAAGUUUUCAUAUUUUUAUAAUAAUUUAUGAAUUUCUCUUAGUGUGAUUAAAUUUAUGCGCAUUAAAUAAUUGAAAGCAAAACAACACAAAACAAAAUUUAUGUAAUUAUACUUAUAGUGAAAUAAGGAAUUAAACAAAAUCUUCUUCUGCAUGGGAAAA